CUGUCGGUCUCUCCUCCCUCUGCUGCAGCCGCCAUGCUGCUGUAGGUCUCCGUGCAUCCCGGUCCGGUGUCUCUCUCCUCCCCGCCACUUCAUCUCUGAAUCCCGGGUUAGCAGGCUCGGUUGUAGCUGUCUGGAUCCACCGGAACCUGAACGCAACACCGGUGAUGGAGGGAUGAGAGGACGCUGAGGGACAAAGUGUGACACCAACAACCGGCCGGAGAACCAGGACUAUAAGCCCUUGGUGUAAAGAAAGCAGUUCCAGAAGACAGGAGUCAUUGUUCACCGCUGUUGGACGAUGCAUCCUGUGUAGCCAAGACUCUUUUUGAACGUUUCUGGUCCAGUUUUGUCACCGCCAUGUCUUUGAGUAAGACCCUCGAGUUGGAGCACUUUGACGAACGCGACAAAGUUCGCCGAGGACGAUCCACCCGAACCAAAAGAGAUGAUACAACAUCUGGAAGAGGAGGAGGAGGGUCCGGUCCAAAUUCCCGGGCCAGCAGUUUGGUCCCGAGUCCGGCCCACAGCGCUAAUUGUAGCUACUACAGAACCAGGACCCUGCAGACGCUAACCUCGGAGAAACGAGCCAAAAAAGUCCGGUUUUAUCGCAACGGAGAUCGGUACUUCAAGGGUUUGGUGUACGCGGUGUCCAGCGAUCGGUUCAGGUCCUUCGAUGCACUGCUGAUGGAGCUAACGCGCUCUCUGGCAGAUAAUUUGCAUCUUCCACAAGGGGUUCGUUCGAUCUACACGAUAGAAGGCGGGAAGAAGAUCACCAGCAUGGACGAACUGAUGGAAG